GGGUAGGGGAGCAUCUCUGGGAAAAAGGGGCCACAGCUGGAUGUGGCGACCCAUAGGGGUCACAUCUGGGGGAGGGGUAACAGCUGCAUAUCGGAGACACAUCUGGGUAGGAGGGAGCCACAGGUGCAUGAAGAAUAUAACUGGGGAUGAGGUGUCCAUGACUGGAUGUGGGGAGCACACCUGGAUAUAGAACAUCUUUAGAGGGGGGCGCAGCUGGAUGUGGGUUACAGCCAAGUGUAGGCACGUGGAAGGAGGAGUUCCAGAUGAAUGGAGGCACUAGAGGUUACUGCCAACUGUAGGAGACACAUCUAGGGGGGAGGAAGCCUUAGCUGGAAGUUGGGAACACACUUGAGGAAGUGUCCACAACUGAGCUUAAGGGUCGUAUUUUGAGAGAGGGACUCCAACUGUACCUAAGGGUCACAUCUAUGGAGGAGGAGACCAGAGUUGGAAUUAGGGAUCAGGAUAUCAGGCUCCAACUGUCCCAGGAAUAAUGCAGGGCGUGGAAGGAGGCCAAAGAUGGGGUUGAAGCACCUAUCUAGAGAUGAACGGGUGCAUCCCACCCCGGGCCCCACUUGGAUAAAGGCACCAGCACCAAAGAGGCAGGCCAAGAAUGGAGGAAGUGGGAUCCCUCUGGUGGGGUUGGGUCUGAUAUCCACGUGUCCCCCACUGCUUCCACUCAGGCGCCCCAGGAUGGAGCCCCCACCCGGCACGGCGGCGGGGCAGGAGGAGCAGGAGCUGCGGGAGCGGGCCUUCUUCUCGUGGGCCGAGUUCAGUCGCUUCUUCGAUGCGUGGUGCCAGCAACGGCUGGCGCUCUUCUUCGUCAAGAGCUCCAUGCACCUGGCGCGUUGCCGCUGGGCCAGCGCGCCCCCGCUCUACACGCUCAUCGACGUGCUCAAGUACAGCUACGUGCGGCUGGUGUGCAAGGACGUGCGCGCGCCCAGCCGGCCCGCCGUGGGGCCCCCCCAGCCCGGCUGCCCGGCCUUCAUCAUCGUCAAGCUGAGCCCGCUGCGGGACCGCCUGGUGGUGACCGAGUGCCAGCUGACCCACUCGCACCCGGCCUGCCCGCUGGAGUUCGCCUACUACUUCCGGCCGGGGCACCUGCUGGCCAACGCCUGCCUGCCCGUGCGCACCACCAACAAGAUCUCCAAGCAGUUCGUGGCCCCCGCCGACGUGCGCCGCCUGCUCUCCUACUGCAAGGGCCGCGACCACGGCGUGCUGGACGCCCUGCACGUGCUGGAGGGGCUCUUCCGCACCGACCCCGAGGCCAAGGUGAAGCUGGUGUUCGUGGAGGACCAGGCGGUGGUGGAGACCGUGUUCUUCCUGACGUCCCGCACGCGGGCGCUGCUGCGGCGCUUCCCGCGCAUGCUCCUGGUGGACCGGCUGCCCGGGCUGCAGGGCGCGCUGGACCUGCUGGCGGUGCUGUGCGUGGACGGCGCGGGCCGCGCGCGCCAGGCCGCCUGCUGCGUGGCGCGCCCGGGCACGCCGAGCCUGCUGCGCUUCGCGCUGGCGUCGCUGCUGCAGAGCGCGCCCGACGUCAAGGGCCGCGUGCGCUGCCUCACCGCCGGGCCCGAGGUGGCGGCGCAGCUGCCCGCCGUGCGCCAGCUGCUGCCGGGCGCGCGCGUGCAGAUCUGCCGCGCGCAGGGCCUCGAGACGCUCUUCAGCAAGGCGCAGGAGCUGGGCGGCGCCGGCCGCGAGGACCCGGGCCUGUGGCCGCGCCUGUGCCGCCUGGCCGGUGCGUCGUCGCCCGCCGCCUACGCCGAGGCGCUGGCCGAGCUGCGCGCCCACGGCCCGGCCGCCUUUGUCGACUACUUCGAGCGCAACUGGGCGCCGCGCCGCGACAUGUGGGUGCGCUUCCGCGCCUUCGAGGCGGCCCGCGACCUGGACGCGUGCGCCCUCGUGCGUGGCCACCGCCGGCGCCUGCUGCGCCGCCUCAGCCCCUCGCGCAGCGUGGCGCAGUGCCUUCGCGACCUGGUGGCCAUGCAGUGGGCCGACGCGGCCGGGGAGGCGGCGCCCGACGGCCCGGAUGGUGGGGGCCUUUGGCUGGAGGGCGAGCUGGGGAGAGGAGCCCAGGUGGAGAACGAGAGAGUGAAGGGCAUGGAGAGCGGCGACUGGGGAGGGGCCCCGAAAGAAGGAAAUAUUUGGAGAGGAGCACAUUUGGAGAAGCAGUGGGUCAGAGAACUGGAGACCAGAGACCGGGGAGGGGCUCGGUUAGAAAGCGAGAAGGGGAGAGGAUUGCAAAUCAGAGAUUGGAGAGGGGUCCAGUUGGAGACCCAGAAGGUGAGGGGGCUAGAAGGGAGUGCCUCGAGAGGGUCCCAGUUGGAGAAGGAGCACUUGAGCGGGCCAAAGAUCAGAGACUGGAGGGGGGCCCCAUUGAAGGAUGACAAAGACUGGGGACUGGAAGGUUACGUCUGGAGGGGGGCCCAGUUGGAAGACCAGGGGCUGAGAGGUUUGGAAGGGUAUACCUGGAGGAUGGCCCAGUUGGAGGAUCGAAGGAUUAGGGUGCUGGAGACCACAGACCGGAGGGGGACCCUGUUGGAUUAUGAGAAAGCCAGAGGUCUUGAAGGGCGCACCUGGAGGGGGGGCCAGUUGCAUGAGGAAAGGGCAAGUGGACUGAGAACCAGAGACUGGAAGGGGCCUCAGUUGGAAGCAGAGAAGGGAAGGGGGCUGGAGUUCCAAAACUGGAGGGGGGUCCAUUUGGAAAAGCCCCUAGAAUUGAUCCCUGAGAAUGGAGAUCAAAGGGGGUCCCAGUGGAGAGAUGAGAGGCAGAGAGGGCCGGAAAUGAGAGAGGAGAGAGGAGUGAGGUUGGGGGUCAAAAGAAGAAGGGACCUCGAGGAUGUAGUUCUAGUCCAGCUGGGGGACACAAGGGUGACAGGCCUAGAGAAUGGGGAUGGAGGGGGAGCCCGGUCUGGCCGCCCCAGGAGCAGAGGAGGGCAAGGAGUGGAGUGUGGGGACGCAGGAGGGAGGUGUCUAGGGCUGGGGAAUGGAGUUGUGUGCGGCACCACUGUGGAGACUGUGUUUGAGGGUGACCCAGAGUGGGCAGUGACAAGGAGCGUGUACCUGGCCGCCGGGGAGAGCCUGCAGGAAGGAGGUGAAGGAGAAGGCCCAAGGGAACCAAAGAGGCCUUGCUGCCCCUCCGGAGAGGAGGAGGUGGACUGGGAGCCCCUGGCCAAGUUCCGAGCAGCUUGCGGGCCAGAGCUGGCGGACUUGGUGGCCGAGGAGCUGGCCUUCGCCAGGCAGCACGGGACCCGGGGUUUCCAUUGGACAGGAGCUGGCUUCGCCCUUAAGGACGGCACCUCGGACUUCUUCCUGGACGGGGCCCUGACGCGCUGCAGCUGCUCCAUCCACGCCGCCCGACGUUUGCCCUGCCGCCACCUCUUCGCCGCGCGCCUCCUCACCGGUGCAGCCUUAUUCCACAUGGACCUGCUCAGGGAUUGCUGGGGGAGAGCCCCAGAGCCCUGACCCUUCCGGCCCCUGCCCGCCACCCUCCACCGUGAGGCCGGGAGGGCAUUCUUCGAUCCCAAAGAUAACAGGGCUGAGGCCAAGGAGGCCACCCCAGUCCCUCCAGCUACCUCCUGGGUCAUCCAGGGACCUCAUCUUGGCAGUUGGCCUCUCUGGGUCCAAGGGGAAGCUGACGGUGUGGUCUCUGAGGUCCUGGAGCCACAGCUGUGGAAGACGGUGGUGGCCAGGCUGGAUUCUGAGGGCUUCCCUCUGGAGAGGGAACGUGUGAUGAGAGGUGUAGACAGGGUCAGGCUGGGGCGAAAGGAAGAAAGGGACAAAGCUGGGGGAGGGGAGGACACCAGGCUAUGGGGAGAGCCUGGCAGGAGUAGGCUGGUCAGUCCAGAGAGUGCAAGGGGGGAAGGGAAUAAAGCACGGGAGAAAGUGAGGAGGCGAAUGAAGGAGAGGGAGGGAGAGAAGACAGCAGGGGAGACUGGAGGAGAGAGGACAAGAGAAGAGGCAGAAAUGGAGAAGAGAGAUGACAAGCAGAGGGAGGCAGGAGAGGAGAAGGUGAUGGGAAGGGGAGGAGGAGUUGGUGGAGGAGAGGGAAGAAAGGAAGGAGACACAGCAAAGAAGAGGUGUGGGAGAUGGGCAGAGAAGGAAGGAGAGGGGGUGAUUUGGUAUUUCUCUAAGGCCUGGAGGCUUAGAUCCCCUUCGCCUUCUAGUCCUUUCCGGAGGACAGAAUAAGGGGGGGAGA